AUGUCGAUUUUUGUCAUGUUUCGAGCAAAUGUGAAAAGUGUCAUGUGUUUGGAGAUGAUUGCUCAAAUCCUGGUGGAAGAACAAGAGGAUCUGGGGUGUGAAGAAGACUCGAGUGAAGGAAGUAACCCAUAUUUCUCAGUAGAACAAGGGGAAAAGUGUGCUUGUGUUCAAGAUGUGGAUGUUACUCGGUAUGAGGUUAGCUUGGAGGCUGGUAUGAGCUGUGUGGAGGUCUCGGAUGCUGUUGUGGAUGAGGCUGAGCUUUCUUCUACUCCAGAAAAGGAGUUUGAGUAUGUCCAAAAAAUGAGUGAGUGCUCAAAAGUUGAUGAAGAUGAUGGAUUCCAUGUGGUUAAAAAAUAG